CCAUGCGCCUCCCCUGAGUGGGUUCGUAAUAACCACCGGGAAGACGGUCGUACAGAUACUAUAUUAAAUCAUGGCAACGCCUGGCCGCCUGGGAGUCCCCGGGCAAUGAUUUUACUCCGUCUUCUCGCGUUUGUGGACGACCUCCGCCGCCGUUGUCCGUCUGCGAGGACGACUCGCAACUCCCCAGAUGGACUAAGAAAUCAAGGAAGUAUGGAGGAGUAAAUUGGACAGAGUGGAGCAUAUAUUUUCUUUCAUCCUGCUGGAGCUACUACCUUUUCCAAUAUGGGCUUUCACGGAUAACAGGAUUUUAAGUGAAGUUGAAUGAUGGCAUCACGUUGGGUUCAUUCUUGUGAGGACGAUGAGAGGCAACAGGCAAGAUCUUCUUUCUGUGAGAAUGAAUCCCCAGAGUGGAGAAGCUCGACUGAAUCUCCUGCAGCGCAAUACCCAACAGAAGAGGAGCCGUUCUCAUGGCCGCGACCUAAAACCGUGCGUUUGCGGCGCACUUCCCAAGGGUUUGGCUUCACCCUGCGGCACUUCAUCGUGUACCCACCGGAGUCGACCACGCACUGCUUCCCGGUAAAUGAGGAAGAUCAUGGCCACAGAGGGAGGCAACGGAAUAGGCUUGAACCAAUGGACACCAUUUUCGUGAAGCAAGUCAAGGAAGGAGGCCCCGGCCACGGAGCUGGGCUUUGCACAGGUGAUCGAAUAGUGAAGGUGAAUGGAGCAAGCAUCAUUGGGAAAGCCUAUUGUGAGGUUAUAUCCUUGAUCCAAGACAGUGGUGACUUUCUAGAACUUUGUGUGAUGCCAAAAGAUGAGGAUAUACUGCAACUGGCCUACUCCCAGGAUGCUUACCUCCGUUGCCGCAGCAGCUACAGUGGAAAUGCCCGUCACAUUCCUGAUCCACCCCCAGUAUGCUACCCCAGAGUAGACUGUAAGCCUCCGGGCAUGGCCCAGGCGACAGACGCAGCAGGGCAGGUCUGCCGUGGGCCAACGGCACCUCCCGAUCAUGGGUACCGCAAGGAGAUCACAGUGCCCCCAUCCCCUCCUCCUCCUCAAUCAUAUCCAAAAAGCCAGAUGGCGGUGUGCAUACGCAAUGACAGCGUGCGGACUGUGGUGGUUCCUCCUGACUCAGCCCAAAUCGGGCGCAUGGGUCCAACACGUAGGAUAGAUUAUAUGGACCCCGUCUUUGUCAGAGGAAGGCCUGGGUCACUGGCCCAGUAUCCUCAACCUCGAAAGGCUGAUGGCUAUCCCAGUGGUCCAGGAAUGGUCCCAUAUGGAGGUCAGGCACCUCACUACCCAGGCAACAAUCAAAACAUUGAUUGGCGCACUUAUCAAACGUACAGGGAGUACAUUGACAACAAAGGAAUCCAUUCCCAUGGUAGUCGGACUAUCCAGGAGAGACUGGACAAUUUGCGAGCAUCCAGUCAGACCGCAUUUGGCGCUACUCAUCACAUUCCCCGCGGAGACUGGGGCCCAAAGGGGAUACGACGGAGGAGUACUUCCCAUGAACGAUCAUACCAAGGACCUCCACCCCACUUUCAGAUUGCCCCACGCAGUGCUUCGCAGGACCGUGAGAGAAUGGGCCAUACCAGGAACUGGCCUCCUCGAAGUGUGUCGCAAGAUGGCCUGAUGCACAAAGCGAGGGCACACUCAACAGAUUAUGUUGACCCUGUAGCGUUGCCUCGGCCCGAGGAGAGGAGAGGAGGGUACGUAAGGGCAGACCAAGGUACGAGGCCCAGCAGACAGUCUGUCCCCAGACACGCCAUGCUCCACAGACCUUCUGCUGGAUACAGCGGUGCCAUGAGGGGGGCAACCAACCCUUCUCUUUACUCUAAAGGACCAGAUUCUCUUCAGUCCCGCUCCUCACCCAUGCUCUUAGACAGACACUCACAUUAUGUAAAGAGCACAAGUGCUGAACAUUCUCUUAUUGACCAAAGAGUUGCAGUCAAAGGAAAACAUGCAACUCACACUAUCCAACAAGGCCAGAGCAGGCUCAGGGCUGAAAUCAUGCAGGCUGUUGAGGCAGGUAUAGAUACAGCAUUGUUAGAACACAGGUCUUCUUCAUGCUCCACCCCAAAACGCAUGCCUCAGAGGCCUAGCAUCCUCAAACCAGCCCAUGCAGACUCGCAGAGUCAGGUAAAUGGGCGAAACCCCUCGGAGAGUGGUGUCAUCCUCAGGGAGAAACCCCCUCCUGGAAAGAACCCCAGCCCUCUGCGGCAUCACUCCUACAUCCUGGCUGUAAACGAUGACGGACCAGAUUCCACAGCAGAUGUAGCAGCAUGCUGGCUUCCCAACGAUGCACGUCGAGAGAUACGCAUGCGCCGCCUUGGGGAACAAUGCCACACCUCCUGCUCCAGCAACCUGGAUGAGUCUCUGGACUCCAUUCCAUUCAUCGAUGAGCCAAUCAGCCCCAGUGUGGACCGGGAUGCCCCUCCUAUUCCGCCCUCAGCUGUGAUAUCUGUUGCACCAUCCAUAACUACAGGUCCUUCCAGCCCAGGCUCACCAUGCCCUCCCAUUCGUCGUCAGCUGUCCCAUGACCAAGAGUCCCUUAGAAGUGCUUUGCUGGAGUCUGAUGCAGCCAGCAAAACAGAGCGGUCCAAAUCUUACGAUGAGGGUCUGGAUAACUACCAGGAGGAGGGAAGAAGGAGGUCUUCCAGUAAAAAUUUGCCCAGUCUCAGGGGCCUGAGGAAGGCUCUGGAUGGACAUAAAUCUUCUGGAGAUUCUGGAUCUCGAAGGGAUUCUUCUUCUGAUAUCUAUGCCAAUUCUUCCAAAGAAGGGUUGCUCAAUUUGAGGCAACUUGGUACAGAUAAAAAUAAGCGUGUUAGUGGAGGAAUGAGAUCAUGGAAACUGAUGUAUGCUGUUUUACAAGGUCACACUCUAAGCCUCUACAAAGACAGGAAGGAUGCACUGUCACAUGCAUCGACGCCAUCUGACGAGGACCCGCUGCGAAUCAGCAUCACGGCCUGUCUGGUUGACAUCUCCUAUAGCGACACAAGACGCAAGAACGUGCUGCGACUCACCACCUCAGAUUGCGAGUAUUUGUUCCAGGCAGAAGGGAGGGAAGACAUGCUGUCUUGGAUCAGGGUCAUUCAGGAAAACAGUAACCCAGAUGAAGAGAAUGCUGCUGUAACAAGUCAGGACUUGAUCAGUCGAAAGAUCAAGGAAUACAACAUGAUGAGUUCGCCCAGCAGCAGGUCUGAACCGUCCCCCAAAGCUUCCCGUCAAUCCCUCAGCAUCAAACAAGCCUUCCUGGGAGGUAAAACAGAAGAUGACUCCAGCCCACCACGGGACCGAGCUGCUUGGAAAAUUGGCAUUGCAGGGAUCAUGAGGAAGCCGUUCGAAAAAAAGACUCCAGCUGGGGUCACGUUCGGGGUGCGGCUGGACGACUGUCCACCUGCACAAACCAACCGGUUUGUUCCUCUGAUCGUGGAUGUGUGCUGUAAGGUGGUGGAGGAGAGAGGCCUGGACUACAAGGGAAUCUACAGAGUGCCUGGCAACAACGCUGCCAUCUCCAGCAUGCAGGAGGACCUCAACAGCAAAGGCAUGACUGACAUCGACAUCGAGGACGACAAAUGGCGAGACCUCAAUGUCAUCAGUAGUUUACUUAAGUCCUUUUUCCGAAAACUUCCAGAACCGCUGUUUACAAAUGAAAAGUAUGCAGAUUUUAUUGAAGCCAACCGAACAGAAGACUCGGUGGAGAGAUUAAAGGAGCUUAAGAGGCUGAUACAAGAAUUACCUGAUCAUCACUUUGAAACUCUGAAGUUCCUUUGUGCUCACCUCAAGAAGGUUUCUGAAAACUGUGAAAAGAACAAGAUGGAGCCUCGUAACCUGGCGAUUGUGUUUGGUCCUACGCUGGUCCGAACCUCUGAGGACAACAUGACCAACAUGGUCAAUCACAUGCCAGACCAGUGCAAGAUAGUCGAGCACCUUAUCCAGCAAUAUGACUGGUUCUUCACUGACGACGGGGAUGAAGACCCUGUUACCACAGCUGAGCAGGACAGCACAGUGCAGUCUCAGCCUGUGCCCAAUAUCGACCACCUACUCUCCAACAUUGGGCGGACCACAGCUUCACCGGGCGAAGUCUCAGAUUCAGCAUGUAGUGACUCCUCCAAAUCAAAGCAGGGCUUGUGGGGGUCAGGGAAGGAUCAGUGUAGCAAAGAGAUGCUGCGCUCCUCCUUCUUCGCUAGUCGCAAACGCAAGAAGCCCAAGGACAAAGCUCAUCCGAGCAGUUCAGACGACGACCUGGACGCUGUGUUCUCCAGGAAAGAGCUCACUGAGGAGAGCAAGCAGCAGCCUAUGUGGUCCCCGGGCAGCCGGACCGAGGACGAGGGGGAGACGGAUGACACCAGCGAGAAAGACGAGCACAUGAAGAGCUUGGAGGAAAAACCUGAGAAACCCAAGAGGAAAGAGUCUCUCUCGUGCAGCCUGAUAUCGCAGUCCUCUCCGCCUCCAGAACACAUUCCCUGCGCCCUUCAAAGUGGCUCCCUGUACACCUCGCCCGUCCAUUCCCCGGACCUCGGCUACCGCGUGCCGAUGGCCCACCAGUCCUCUCUGUCGGACCCGCCUUCCAACUACGAUGACACGGUGUCUGACCUCGGUACGAUGAACAGCACCAGCUCCCAGGCGUCGGUGCCCAGAGUGAGGCUAGGCAAGGCUGUGGCACUGGGUCCAGAAGCUUGCCCCAGCGGGCCGGGAGCGGAGGUUUGCUCCAUCACCUCCGACUACUCCACCACCUCCUCCAUGACGUUCCUGACGGGAGCUGAACUCAGCACCCUCAGCCCCGAAGUGCAGUCUGUGGCGGAGAGCCGGGGCGGAGACGACGCAGACGACGAGAGGAGUGAGCUCAUCAGCGAGGGACGGCCGAUGGAGACGGACAGCGAGAGCGACCUGUCGGUGUUCACGGUCAGGAAAACGGAUCAGCGAGAACUGCAAGAAGCUCCUCGACCCCUCCCCUCCUACAGACUUAUCGAGUGCGAUACCCUCUCCAGGAAGAAAGCUGCUCAACAGAAAACCGUCAGCGAGUCUUCACUGGACGGAGCGUGGAGCGAUAAAGGUUCCAACAGACUGUCGUGUGUGCUGGCGUCAGCCGAAGGUUGCUCCACAGGCAGCCUCAGCUCCUCGUCUCGCAGCGAAUUAGACAAGGCGGAGCCCGCAUGGAAGCUCAAGAUCACCGACAGACUGAAGGUGCGUCUGCGAAUGUCCGUCGAUGACAUGUUUGGCGUGGGCAGCCAGAGGAGCUCCCCCGAGGGCCGCAGCAAGAAGAAGAACAUCAGACGCAGGCACACCAUGGGCGGCCAGAGGGACUUUGCCGAGUUGUCCGUUUUGGGAGACUGGUCGCAGCAUGUCGGCAUCGGCUCAGGCUCUCGGUCGGAGCUGUCGGCUGUGGACCAGCUGAAGCCAAAGUGCAGCUCUCAAGACUUUUCCAUUCGGGACUGGAUUGUCCGCGAGCGCCACCGCACCAGCAAUCCGGAGGUCAGCGUGGACCUCUCUGAACAGCAGGGGGGGCUGUGUGGCGCAAACUCCCAGAGCCUCGGAGCCUCGGCCGCUUCCGACCUCCCACAUCGCUCAGCCGAUGUGUUGAACGGAGACGUCCCCCAGAGUAAAGACCUGAGCCUGUCGGCCACCGCUCACCCUCAUAAACUCACUAAUUCCCAGGUGGUGCAUUCGCGCUUCUACCAGUACCUGUGAGAGGUGUUCGACACGGGUGACUGUAUGUUCUCCGUCUGUGAGAUGUGUACCCACUUGGGAGUCUUGAGUGUGCAACACUUUUCUUUCCUGCUUUAUCGUAUUUGAGUCUGUCAGUAUAAUGUGUUGUGCGACCAAUGUUAGAGAAUGAGCAUGUUGUAAAAGAAAAAAUUGUUGUGUUUGUGAGUGUGUGUGUGUGUGCUUCCGGGAAGUGAAUUACUGCACACAGGGAUCGUUGAUCUUGCUCAUGUAUGAGGCAUGAAACUAAAUGGUGUUUCUACCUUUUUUUUAUUUCUCUUUUUUAUUAAUGACAAAUGACUUUGGGAUGGCGCAGCAGGGGGACGUCCUCUCCGCUGAUACCGAUCCCCGUUAUGCUGAAGAUUCAGAGGACCUGUCGCUCAUGAAGCAAUGAGCAUGUGAAGUUUGUGCAAGUGUGAACAGUCACACUUGAGUCGAGAUUGUUUAAAAGUUUAGCGAAGUGGCUUUAAGGAUGAACUGACUUAGAAGGAAUAGGAAUUAGAGAAACAGAUUUUAGUAUUGCAGAGGAACUAUUUUUGUGUAAAAGUUAUUAUGUUCAAAGUCAGUGAGUCUCUCAGUAACCAAAUGAAGAAUGUACAGACAUGCUUGCUGUAAUACUGACUAAAAGCUUUAGAUGCUUGUGUUUCACUCUGAAGUGUACAUACCCCGAUUGUUGGUGUACGCGACUUGUGAUUUCUGGUACAGCCUGUGUGUGCGUGUGUGCGUGUGUGUGUGUGAACUGCCUCCGAGCUCUGUGCGGUCGAAGGGCCUUUCCAAAGGUACAAAGGGGACGAGGAGACACUGGAUUUAUGCAAAUAGCAAACGAGUUCCUAUUCAUCCCAACUAUGUGGUUUCAGAGCAGCGAACAACAUCCCUCUAAUGCAAGUGUCAUGCUGUGUUUGAGUGUUUGCGGCUGACAGUCGAUCGCAAAGAGGAAGGAAAAGUGUGAAGAAAAAGAAAAUGGGUAUUCGAAUCAGAAAAUCUUGCUUUUUUCACAAUAGGAAGUGCCUCACAAUGAAUUGUUAAGGGUGCCAUAUUGUCUUUGUUGAGAUACACGAAGAUGUUACUGUGAAUGACAUUUUUAUUGUGGACUCUCAGUCAUUCUAGAGGUUACGUAACAAAAUGCCGAGCUUCCAUUCCUUAGGCAUUACACUCUGGUCUUAACAUGUUUUCUACUUUUUUUUCUCUCUUCUGUUUUUCGUUUUUUUUUUUAUUUUAACAGAACUUGAAUUUUAAAUGUUUCUUGUAAAAAUAAGUAACUUAAAUGUAAAUAUGAAUGCCAUGUUUUAGCUGCUUUACUUUUCAUUUCCAUCAGAUUGCAAGAUUAAAGUACAGUAUUGUGAGACGAUGAUGCUCCUGUGUGGGUGUUGUGGGCAGUUUGGUACUUCUGAGGACCGAGGUCCUGCGUGAGGAAACACGUCGUUGAGCUGGACCGUUGUACCGAUGCUGUGUUCCUCUGAUUGUGCACAGACUCCUGAAACACUGGAAAUAAAUUUUGUCAAUGGCAAA